AUGGUGACAUCGACGGUCAGCAGUGGUCAGAUGUUCUUGAUCUGAUCAGAUGGCCGUUACGUCUUGUCGUUAUCCCUGGGUUGAACGAGAGAGAUCGAAGGCACCUGGUGGUGACGGCAUACCAGCUUUUCGCUGACUGGAACGGUGAUUGUAUCCCCUACCUGCGGUGUGGCAGUUGCAAGGCGUCGGUGUGGUGGUGGCCUGUGGACGGGCGAUCCUCCUACUCUUCAUUCCUCUCCGGCGGGGAGGAAGACGAGCCGCACAAGAUGUGGACAGCACUGCGGCUGCUGCUGGGUUAUCGUCGUCGUUGUCGUCUCAGCUCCACCUGACCGGCCGGCUGGCUUGACGUCGUCGGUAGGUCAUUUCAAGCCCAAGUUCUUCCCGCGGUUCAAAGUGAGUAGAGCACACCGGUCUCGAUUGUGACGAGAAGAACUACACUAUGCUUAUUCAAGAAUGAAAGAAAAAGAUAGAGGGAAAUCGAUAUCAUCCGUUUAUCUCGAUGCUGUUUCCUCGAUCCACCUUGUUGUGGCUGUUUUUCCUGAUUCGCAUGAGUACCUGGGCUCCAUCUUUUUACCUCUGUCGCGUUGAAUAUUCCCUCUAUCAUUGAAAUUCAAAUAGAAGUCAGGAAUUUUCCCAUGGGAUUCGCGUAGUGGCUGUUAAUUCUUUAGCAAUGGAUUUCAUCUUUCUCAUCGUGCAGUUUUGAGUUGUUAACUCGUACUUUAUGAUCGUCUCUGUUUUCAGUCGGUGCUCUAAAUAUUCAGAUUUAUUUAACUGAUGUUUCGUUGCAAUAUAUUUUGGAAUGUAUAAUCUCUGCUUAUUCCUUACCUAUGCAUAUGAGUUGGCAUCCUAAAAUUUUCCAUCAUAUGAUUUCUUGAAGCUCGUUCUCUUCUACUAUCCUAGCUGACAGUCGCCAGAUAAGUUCAGGGAUGCGACACCUGAGAUUGUUCUCAUUGACUUUGAUAAAGCUAGAGAGUACACUUGGUAUCUUACGAAAUAUUCUGGAAAAAUACUGGUGCUAAGUGCAUUGUUUUGACGACUAUCAGGAUCAAUUAUUGAAGAACAAGUGAAGUUAUCAGUUAAAUUUAUCUGGCAAUGUGGAGCCUUAUAUCUCCAGCCUAGUCAUUCAAACAUGAGGCUAUGUAGUUCGUGCAUACACAGUAGUAGUCUCCCUUGCAUAUGUUUAGUGGGAAAACGGGUACCUAAUAUUUUGACGGAUACAAAGAAUACCGGCGUCAUUAUGACAGUUUCGUGGUUAAUUUGGCUAAGUUUUCCACUGGAAUUAAAUGAAACUAUUGCUAUCUGAGCAGGUUCUGCUAUGUUGUGCCGUUGAUAAGGCCCAAAAAACGUAUUUUCAAACUUUGAAGGUGUAUAUAAUGCAAAAUAUGUUUGAUCAUGUCAUUUGGUCUCACCUGUGUUAAAAACCUGGCUAGUAAGACAUUUCUGGAGAACCCAAGCAAAAUGGGAAAAUAUUUUAAAUAAUAGUAAUAUUAGAGCAGCAAAUGCGUGGCUCCUUUGGAAAUGAUCUGCAGGUUUAUCUGAUGUUUGCAAUGUUUAAACCAAUGUUGAAAAACCCAGUAUCAUUUUGAUGCCUGAAAAUUGAAAAUUUGUGUCUAAUCGCCCCAACUCGUUUGCUAUUCGAGCUGACCCAUCUGGGACCGGGGCUUUCGUCUGUGGACUAUCUUACGAACGAUAGGUAUUUUUUAAGAACAUUUAUCAUGUGA